AUUUUCACCAAAAAUUACACGUCCAAAGUUGCCAUCUUUCUCUGGUGGGCGCUCAACUAGCCCCAGGGCAAAGACUGACCCCGGGCGUGGUGACAUUAAAUCUAUCAUGGAGGAUAUUAUGAACCUGAACAAAGUGGACUUUCCCAAAACAUAUGGCCGUCCUCGUGGCUUGAGAUCAUCCCCAAGUCAUAGUAAAUCACAGUCCACGAAUAGUUCACCAUCUGCAUCACCUAGUCUAGGAGACUCGCAUACCAAGGAGGAAUCUGCUUCGCCCUUCUCGCGAAAUCGCAGUCGGAGUCUGAAACAGCUGACAAACAAGUUGAAGACUGGAAAGUACAGCACUGAUAAUCAGCAAACCAACAUUCCGGAAGGGUCUGAACAAACUGAUCCUGUCCCCGAUGUGAAUGUCACUGACGUGGAUGCUCGGUCCCGAGAAUCUAGUCCUGAGGAAACAGCUUCUGAAGUUGUCAUCAGUGAGGAAGAUGCUGACCAUCAAACCAAAGAGUCUAGUCCUAGGGUGGAUACCCCUCAACAUUCUGUUGACAGAGAAUUGGAGGCCAUUCACAGUGAAAGUUCGUCUGAACCAUGCAGGCAGGAAUCAUUAGAUAGUCUGGAUCACGAGCAGACUCCAGAGAGCGAUGGUGCAGAAGACCAUGGCAGUGAUAUUAAGACAAGUCAUGAAUAUGUGACAUUGAACAUUGACAGACAAGCUGAGGAUGAGGGUGUUGAAGAGGGUGACACACCCUCCCCGAUUGUAAGCACGUUCACUUACCACCCCAUUGGAAGGAAUUCACCGUUCUUGAAACUGGCAUCUACAUGCCCAAAGAGAAGAACAGGCAUUACAACAUUGGCUACACUUGGCCGUGUUCAGCAGCUUUAUGGGAAAAAUGAGGAAGGAAAGACUGAAGAUGCAUCUGGAAAGAGAUUUCAGCGUCGUGAUGGUACUCAGGCUAAAGGAAAUCAGAAGAUGUCACCUGUUCGAUUUAUAACUCAUCCGCCCCACAGAAAGGCAUCAUUCCGGGAAGAUGGCUCUAUGGACAGCAAUGGAUUUGGUGCUUUGAAGGCUUCAUCUGCUGAUAGUGAUGAUGAGCAGAAACUAAGUCAGCUUUCCCUGACAGACAGUCAGUACUGUCCCAGUGAGGGAAUGGAAGACUCGUACCAGGAGGUUGUUGACAGUGUUAUAGGAGAGCAUGCCGACCCUGAAAAACAGGACAGGAAAAAUGGUAAAUCAUUAAAGCAUAAGUCUAAGAGUGACCCAAGUGGUGACAAGACUCGUGACCUGGGUGACUUCCCAAAGGUCAAUGAAUCUUCUCAGUCCCACAGUGCUCCUCUGCUUUCUAAAGAUGGCGAUGAGGCAAGCUCUGAUGAGGAUGAUGGAGAUGAAGCCAAACCCAAAUCUCACUCAGAAAAUAUUCUAUCAAGUGGCAGCAAUAUAGAUGAAAACACAGCGGAACAGGGUAUAGAUGAUGAUGAGCUGGAUCAGUCAGAAAAUGAAACCAGUAAUUUACUGAGUCCAUCAUCAGCACACAGUAUUGUUUUCUCCUCUGCUCCCACUACACCACAAGAUAACUUGCCAUUAGGCAUAACAGAACAUUCAGAGAGACUCCUAAGUGUGCCCACUCCUCGGAAACCUAUUCUUCGCAGCGCUAGCUCGGCUAGUGUGUUGACGCGAAAAGCGUAUGGAUCUACCAGUAAGGAUAAGGAUGCUAUUCGGAAGUACAGUAUCACGACUGACGAGAAACCGGCAACACUGUCUCCAGAUUUCUCUCCCCUUGGUGACUCCGGAUUGGCUACGAGUAUGCCUGUUGUGUGGAAGGACAGGAUUGGCAGAUCCGAGUCCCCAGAGAGAGACCCUUCAUUUAUUAAAGAUAAACGAUACCACAUUGUGGAAGAACUUUACCGAAAUGAAAAAGAAUAUGUAGAAGCUCUGAGGACAUUAAAAGAUAAAUAUAUGAUUCCGUUGAAAACGCAGAGUAGCCUAGACGACGCGAUCGUGGACAACAUAUUUUACAUGAUUCCCGAGAUCCUCACACAUCACUCCAUCUACCUGGACUUCCUCGACAACGUCUGGAAACACUGGGACAGCGCCACCAGCACUGUUGGCAACAUCAUCAUCACCAUUUUUUCUAAGCAGACUGUUUUAGAGAGUUACCUGUCAUUUGUUGAAAACUACAAGACUUCAGGGAGAGUCAUUGAAAAUGCUCUCUCAACCAAGUCUUCUAUCCAGAAAUUUCUUGAGAACUGUCAGCGCGACAGUGGCAGCAAACUGUCGAUAAAAGAUCUCAUUGUGCGACCCAUCCAGAGGAUACCGAGAUACGAACUGCUGAUACAGCGAUUACUGGACAAUACCCCUAGGGAUCACCCUGACUUUGACCUACUUCAACAUGCUGACAAGGUGAUGCAUGACUUGGCCAUCAAGAUCGGCACACUGAGUGAGAACCAGUCUGAAGAAGAUAUGCAACAGACCCUGAAAAAACUUGAGUUACUGCUCAUAACAGACCUUGCAGUUCCAGACAGGUCAUACCUGCGACAUGACAUGGUUCAAAUCUUGGUGAGUGGCAUUAACAAAAAGGACCAAUGUUGUAUCUGGUUUUUCUCUGACCUCAUUAUCAUCAGCAGCAUCAAGAGAAAAAGUGGACCGGUCACACGGAAAGUUUCCAUCAUUCUGAAAACUCCCAUGGGCCAAGACUUCACGGAGAACAUGAAACAUAAAGUCUGGCUCAGAGUGGGACUCGACGAUAUCGAAAUUGUUAAAACCCAGGGCUCUUUAACCCGGAGACCAACAAUUGACCAUGACCAGGUGGAAGAUGACCUGGCAAUACUGUCACAGCUGAGUGAACUCGCUAGCAGACUGUCUUGUCAACACCAGAAUUUAGAGGAUGUGAUUAAAGAGAUGACGUCCAUGUUGAACAAACAGUUGGCCGAGUGCUCUACCCGCAGUUCCUUACCAGACUCGAACAAGAUGGAACUUCUUGUUACAACUCAGGAAGGCAUUUUGCACCUUGUGAUAGCAUUCCCUUCAGCUGACAAGAAAUCAUCAUGGGAAUGUUUGUUUUAUGAUGCAAAGCAGAAACUUGCCCUUCUCUCCGACAAAAGGGCUCCUGAAUUUCUCCAGCCACUACAAAUCACAAAGACUCGAGCUGGCAUGCAGUUUUCCUGUGCCGCUCCCAUAGAUGGGCUCAAUGCUAACGGGUUUCGCGAUGUGUGGGUGUGUAACUCUGACGGCUACGUGGGUCACAUGUGCUUGCUGAGUCUUCAGCCCGAGCCAAUAGUCACCCUCAAUACACCCGUCCCAGGAUGCAAUGCUCGCAUUCUCUGUAUCUGUGCUGUUCCUGCUUACAGUGGGGCAUUCAGAAGAAAAAGCAGUACAAAAUUACGUCAAAAGAAGCACGAGUGCAACUCUUCGCCCUGCGAGGGUCCCCGUAUUAACAUCGAGAAGGCCGAGGAGGAUGAGGACACCCUGAACGAGGACGGCUACCAGUCGGACUCGGAGUCGAGUGACGACGAACCCAUGUCUUUCAAUGCGCGCACACAGGAGCUCUACGUGGAAGAUGUUCCCUCAGAUGAUGAUAUUACAAAACGACCGGCAGUGUCCCCUCUCACACGGAGUACCCCCGACCCGAUCUCAACCACUGGAAGCUGGGUGCAGGACGCCCAGAAAAGCACCAUGUGGCUCGGAACUGAAGAUGGCUGCAUUCAUAUCUUCCAAUGUACAGACAACAUAAAGACAACGAAGAAUAAACUGAAAAUACAACAUGGUUCCCCGGUGUAUGGUAUUGUAUAUCUUGACAAUAAAGUGUUUGUGUCGCUGGCCAAUGGUGAUCUGAUUGUGUACAAGAGAGACUUGAGCAAUUGUGGACUGUGGGACACUGGCUGUCCCUACACUCGUACGAUUGGCAGCGUGAUGUCUCCCAUCACCAAGAUGCUGGCCGUGGCGGGCAAGCUGUGGUGCGGCUCUCAGAACUCCAUCCACGUCAUCAACCCACUCAUGCUCACCAUCGAGAAAACAUUUCAAGUUGGCUCGGACGCAAACCGAUCGGUGCAGUGCAUGGUGUGUUCUGGUCAGGGUGUGUGGGUGGCCUCUCAGCAGAGUUCUAAAGUGAAUCUCUUCCACGCCACCACAUUUGAGUUCCUCAUGGAAGUCAGCAUAGCCCAGGGAGUGUCUUCCAAACUGCAGUCGGCUGAUGAUAUAAUCCGACAGCACAAGGCAGCGUGUUUGCGGAUCACCUCGCUGCUUGUGUGCAAGGACUUGCUGUGGGUGGGGACGAGUGCAGGAGUCAUUCUCACGAUGCCGAUACUGAAGAUCACAUCCACCACAUCAUUUGGCUCUCUGCCCACCCCAACAGUCACAGGUCUAGUAUAUGGCCACACUGGCCACGUCCGAUUCCUCACCAGCGUGGAGCUGUCGAUGGGAGCAGCCAACAAAUCAAACAACCCGUGUGCUAAAGACACUCAGGAAGAGGGCAUUACGCUUCAUGACAUUCAUAGACGCUCGUCGCUCGCCACAACCACCGCUACCAUGGCAACCAGGAUGCUGGUGAUCAGUGGCGGCGACGGUUAUGAGGACUUCCGAAACACAGUGGCUAAUGAAGCUGCUGGUAGGGACGACAGCACUAACCACUUGUUACUGUGGCAGGUCUGAUAGAUGUUUGCCAUGUAAGUAGAGAAAACCUAAGUGGUAUUAUUCAGUAGCGCACUGUGUUGUACAUGUAUGUGGUGAAGCCCAAGUUAGGCUUUUUCCAAGACUGCAAGUAAUUUCAUGUAUAUGUGGAUACACUACAAGUCGAGCAUUAUGGAUUUCACUGAGUAAAAAUUUAUUCUUGUUUUCUUGGAAAAACCACAGCAUGAUGAGGCUUAUGAAGACUUCAUGUGUACAUGGAAAUUUCAUGUAUAUGUGGAUCCACUGCAAGUCGAGCAUUGAGGAUAUUAUGGAUAACAAAUUAUUCUGGUUUUAUUGGAAAAAUUACAGCAUAGUGAGGUUUCUUUUCAAGAAUACCAGAAACUUCAUAUUUAUAUAGAAAUGUAACCACAGAAGAUUUCAGGAUUUUCUUGGAUAACAUGAUUCUUGUUUUCAUGGAAAACCAACAAGACAUGAUGAGGCUUUUCCGAGAUUACCAGUAAUUAUAUACAGGCAUGGAAAUAACAAAACAACAGUGGCUUAUAUCAGAUGACCGAUUACAUGAUGUCUACUUAGAAACACAGCAGAAUAAGAGUUGUUGCUUUCUGGAAUUACAAAUAACUGUGUGUUUUUGUUAGACUGAAAGACAAAUUACAACUUCUCCGAGACUCAAUAACUUCAUGUUUGCAUGAAAAUAUGACAAAAACCAAUGAAGAUGUUUGCUGAGGGUACCAUGAACUUCAUAUUUAUCUCUCAGUAAAUACAUGGAAAGUGCAAAAUGUAAUAUUUUCUAAGGAUACCAUUGACAACAUGGAAGAUACUAGAUCAUGAAAAAAGGCUUUCAAUGAAACUACAGUUGACUUCAUGUCCACGUGAAGAAAAAGUGAUCCCUGUGGCUUUGUGGUAUUGUCAGUGAAAUAAAUGCCAUUUGCUCCACUCAGAUACACACUGACAAAAUACUUAAACCUUUUAACAUAUCCUCAUAGUGGUUAUCUCCCCUAAGUUUUUAUUGAGAUCUGCAUCAAAGUUUUAGUCUUAUUUCAGAACUUGUUGUUACAGCUUGUGGUCACUUUCAUGCACAAGGACUCUGGUUUUAGCUGUCCGAUUUGCCUUUGAUCAUUAAUUAUAGAUUCAUUAUUGUUCAUCAGAAAUCCACUUUUAAUGAGUUACACAAAACGGGUAGAGAAGACUCAAAAACUCGUGAUUGUUGUUAAAUUUGAUCUUGGAUUAGGUGACUAGAAUUUUAAAAUUGUGUCUGUAUCUUUGUGUAUCUGUAUAGAAGUAUGUGCCAAGUGACCUUUUCAGCAAAUUAGUGACAUGAUCUAUAUCACAGUUGAAAUCCAGUCAUUGUUAGCAUUUUAUUUUAGUACUUUGCUAAUCAAAUAAAGAAAACAAACCGGUUGAUAAUCAUGAUAUGAUUUCAAAUUACUCUUGUGGCUUGAGUCUGCCAAGACUAUUGCUUGGUGCACACCUUCUGAUUAAUGCCGACUUGACUGUGGAGUCUGCAGUAGUCUGAAAAUAUGCACCUGCAUACACCAGCCCAUGCAACUGUCUAGUCGGGACAAAACUGAAGAUUAGAUGCGAGUAUCACAUCACUGUUAAUGAAUAGGUGUAUGCCAAGUAUUAUUCAUAUAAUGGGUACAUUGUGCACCUGACAGUCUGGGUUUAUCUGAAUCUGAAUGAUAAAACUGUUCUCUGUGAUCAAAAUCUUAUCUCUGCACACAGCAGUUGAAAUAAUAUUUUAGACAAAGUCGUGCUUGCUUCCACAAUCCACUAUCAGGUGCUCGUCCUUAAAAUGACUGCCACUCCCCAUAGAGAUCUGUAAAACAUUAGUGACUCAGCUGAUGGCUUUUAAACUUUGUGUUUAAUUUUAUAUUUUCAAUAAGCACCAUGUAGUAAGAAAGAAUAUUGUCAAUUUGUCUUUUUUUAAAUACAGCAUCUGUAAUAGUUAUAAAUAUUCUGGAUUAUUAUGUAAACUGACAUUGUGACAGCAGGAAACAAGGUAUUGAAUUAAAAGUGGGAAAUUAAUGUAAGGCCUUUACCAAAGCCACUGGAGUUAUCUUUUCUUUGUUUGUGUGGUUCUGUUAUCGUCUCAUGUUACCUGACAUGAUUUGUAUUUUUUGUCGGUAGUAUUUUCUUUUUAAAUAUUACAGGUUUCUGUCAUAUUCUGCUCAUUUGAAUUUUAAGUGCUUAUUUUAUGUUAUUUAUUUUAACAUAGUUAACUGAUUAUUUUUUUUAGUUAUCUUUUAUGUUUUAUGAUCUGGAGUUUUUAUUUUGCUGCCAUUAUUAGAUAAAUGUGAACAAUUUGUUAUCUUUUAUUGACAUAAAUUAUGGAAGGCAUCAGAGGUGUCUAAUUUUUUUUUUAUUAAAGUCAAGCUUCUACCUAUAACUGUAUAUUUUUUAUACCAAAGAAAAAUGUUGGUGCAUAAACUUUGUGUCAUAUUAGAUAAUUUCUGAAUUGGUCUUUCUUAUAUUAAGAAUAAAUAUUACCAUAAUGCAAAGCAACAAUGUGAAUAUAUUCUAAAUUGUUUUCAUUACCUUUAGGCAGGUUAUAUAGUUUUCUCCUUAAGUAAAUGAUACAGAGUUUAUUGCAUUUUAUUAUUAUUAAUGGUAUUAUUUUUUGUAGGAACAGAUUGUAAAAAAAAAAAACUAUUGAUGUACAAUACAUUUGUUAAUAUAUUUGUUUUACCCUAGUCUUCUUAAACCAAUCUUUAUUACCUCCUUUGUACCAGUGAGUAGUUCAGAGAUGAUUGGGUAGAUUUGUUUGUCAGUCUGCCAUAAUAAUAAAAUUCCCUGAUGACAAUUUUUUUUAGCAUGUCGGCAACUUUAAAAUUACAUUCAUAUCUUGAACAUACUUUGUUUUAUAAAACAGUGUUUUUUUCCCCACCCCCCCCCCCCCCCCCCAUUAAUUCUUUACAUAAUUAUGCAGAUUGUUUAUAUUUAACAAUAUGGCAGCAAAAGCAGACUGAAUAAGAUCUGAGUUAAAUUAGUCAAAUUUAUGCGUUUAGUCAAUAUAGUUAAUAUAGUCAUUGUCAUCUCAUGUGAUCUUUUAUUUUUACCAAGUCUAAAUUUUAUCUGUUUCCGUUUGUUGUGACAUUUGUUUCUUUUAUUAUUAUUUUUUUGUGACUGCCAUUUUACAUAUUCAAAAUGGCUACAUAAAUGAUGAACUGUAUACUAUUUAGGGUAACUCACGGUUGUGAAAUAUUUCUGUCAACCCUAAAGUAUUGUGAAUUUAUUUGCCAGUAAUUUAACGUCUUAUUUAUUCAAACUGUAUAUUGUGCACAUAUAUCUGUACAGAAGAACAAUUUUGCGAGUAGAUAGAGUUAACAAGUUUCUGUAUCUUUAGGUUCCCGCUUUCUACAAUGUUGAUGUACGAGUGAACCAUCUAUGUAUAACUACUUGUUUUAUCUUUGUAUUUCAUCUAUUUCUGAUGUCCAUUUAUCAUUAAUGCUGUCGCAUCCACAAAGUACCAGAUCUGAAGAUCUGUUUACAGAAGUCAUCAUUUGUUUUUAAUUAUCCAUCACUACUAAUAAACAUUCAUGAUUCACAUUAUUAAAAAAGCUGUGCUAUUGAAAUAGCUUUUUUGACUAGAAUUGGAAAGCUAGUUCUAGAAUUCUGUCAUUACUUGUUGAUUGUUUUUUUUUAGGAGCUGUAUUGAUCAACAUCUUCCAAAAUGUAAAGCAUUAUAUUUUAUUGAUUCAUAAAUAAAGUAUGCUAUAUAUUGUUUAAUUUUAGGUUGGGAAGCUUACAUAAAUGAGAGUAUGUAGUUAGUUUCUUUGGCCAUAUUUCAUUUUUAAUGGGUUUUUUUUUUUUUUUUUUUUUUUUUUUUAUUUUAAUUUUGUGUUUUUUUGUGUGUUUUUUUUUGGGGGGGGGGAGGAGCGAGGGGAGUUUGCAUGAACAUCACAAAGAUGUUCAAGGUAGAUUAGAAAAUUAAAUUUAUAAUAAAUAUUUUCAUUACUAAAUUUCAAAAUUUCACUAGUCAUAAACAAUUUUUAUCGGACUAUUUUCAAAGAAUUAUAUUGUUACAGUUAACCAUUAAUCAACCUUUCUUGAAUUGUUUUUUUUUGGGGUUUUUUUUUUUUGUUACUGUAUUAUUUUCAUUUAGAAUUUAUGUAUGGUUAAUUAAAAAAAUACAUGUAUAUAUUUAAAAAUACACAUGUAACUUUUUCAUUA